AGACGGAGAAGGUGGAGGUUCAGGGUCUGGGCGGGCUGCACGUGGUGGGCACCGAGCGGCACGAGAGUCGCCGCAUCGACAACCAGCUGCGCGGGCGGUCGGGGCGGCAGGGCGACGCCGGCUCCACGCGCUACUUCCUGUCUCUGGAGGACAAUUUGUUCCGCAUCUUUGGCGGCGACCGCAUCAAGGGCCUCAUGUCGGCCUUCCGGAUCGAGGACCUUCCCAUCGAGAGCCAGAUGCUGACCAAUGCUCUGGAUGAGGCGCAGCGCAAGGUGGAGUCCUACUUUUACGACAUCCGCAAGCAGCUGUUCGAAUACGACCAGGUGCUCAACACGCAGCGCGACCGCGUGUAUGCCGAGCGGCGGCGGGCGCUGGAGGCCGCCGACCUCACGCCUCUGAUGAGCGAGUACGCCGAGAAGACGAUCGACGACAUUCUGGAG